AUGUAUAUCAAUGUCGGAUCGAAACCGCGCUCGGCGACACGAACCAUCGUCAACGAUCUUCUUUGGCCAAUCGUCUUCUUCAUCACCACAAUCGCCUUCACCAUCCCCUUCUUCUUACAGAAGACCGCCGGUGUUUCCACCACAGAUAACCCCAUGUGCUUAGCUAGUGGCGAGCCCUGGUUUCCCCGGAACGGCACCAUCAACCAAUACUGGGAUGUCUCGACCGCACUCUUCAUCACCCUAGGAAAUGGUUCUUACACCUAUCCUGAAGCGAAAGCCAUCGAUGUCACCUGGGAUCUGCUAGUUGGGCGAGGCGGCCAGGUGUUAGCGACUGUCAUGGGCUAUAGUGUGAUCAGAAGAUCUCUACUAUACGCUAUGGAGCAGGCUGCCGUGUCCAUCCCUUUGGUCCAUUCCAUCUACGUCGAUAAGCUUGGUUCUGGCUUCCUCGGGACCUCGUUACGACAUUUCGGACAUUCGAAUCAUCCCGGACAGACUCCUGACACCAAGAGGGUUCCGGUACUACGUCUCCUUUCCUGGGCCUAUAUCUGCAUAUAUGUCGUCAUCCUGCCUACCAUCAUGUCAGCCAUGACGGGUUACCAGACAAACAGCGACAUCUUCUUCCACCCACGGCUUCUGAGCGAUGACUUACUAGCUUCAGCAACGGCCUUGAAACCGAAUCCACCUCUCGUCAUUCGUGAUGGCCACCGCAUAGGAAUGGCAGACAAUGUUCCAAUCACGCUGCCAGAUCCCAGCGGUAUCGACUUCAACGCGACCUACAAUACCAUGCUCGGAUACUAUUUCGUGAUCAAGUACGUCCUGGGGGAUUUCACCACCAAGCCAGAUUGGAGCUCUGGCUGGUCCGACUUCUCCGACACCCUCGGUCCACCCUCCAUCGAUCCAUCCAAGCCGGUCUGGGGCAUCUGCACCUUGACACGGGAAAGGAAUGGCUGCAACGCAACGCAACUGGUCGGGAAUGCCACCAUUGCCCCGGACCCCUAUCUUCCUGUCAGGCCUGUGCCAUCGCUCAUCUGGACGAACAUCACGCUUGAGAACCAUACGUAUACUUUACAAUCGCCGCCUCUGGAUAUCGAGGUCACGGGUCCACCGAGUUCGUGGUCGCUUUUCCUUGGGAGCAAUGAUGCCCUUAUCGGGUACUUCAGCAAUGCGACGGUAGCGGAUGGGGCUGUUUGUCAGCCUACUGCUCAGUAUAUUUGGGGUUUCUCGGCUAUGCUGUUGUUGCUGCUAAGUGUUCUGACGAUUCUCUUCGCCACAACGCUUCUUGCGCUGCAGACGGAGGUCUAUCUGUGUAGUCAGGCCAACCGUUCUCAGGUUGUGGAGAAUGGGUAUAAAGAUGCUGUCUAUGUCGUGCAAGCGCUGAAGGAAGCUCAUGAUGUCAAGGAGGAGGAUGAGUUGUUGAAAGAGAUGGACGGCAGGGGCUAUCGGCCUAAGAAAGGUGGUUUGGCGGUACAGACUGAGAGUUUGCCGCGAGCUAGGAUGAGGAGAAGAGGCUUUGUUGGGCGGUUUGGUGGAAAUGCUCCUGCUGAUAUUCCAUUGCUUGAGCGUGAGCAGAGUCUGAUGACGACUAGCACGAUUACGACAUCAUUCGCGAAACUGAAAAAGGACCGUCCUGCGUACUAA